CGUGCAUUCUUUUUAUUACAUUUUGAACGUGGUUUCACUUCAAGACGUAGAAUUUACGUCUAAUAAUGGUGCGACCCAAUAAUCAACUGCCGGAAAACCUUCCGCAGUUGCAAAAUCUAAUCAAACGUGAUCCCGAGUCCUACAGCGAUGAGUUUCACACACAGUACGAGCAUUUUCUAAGUCUAUUAGAAAUUUUCGCUCUUAAUCCGGGCGAGGAAAACAAAUCGUUGGAUGAAAUCAUAAUGUUCAUUGCUCAGGUGGCACAGUGCUAUCCGCAAGUGUGUCAACAGUUUCCCAAACAUCUGACGGAUCUGCUGAGGAACAGUGCCACCGUUUUGGACCCCGCUAUGCGUAAUUGUUUUGUCAAGGCUUUGAUUCUGCUGCGCAAUAAGAAUCUUGUGCCAGCCCUGGACAUUCUGGAGCUGUUCUUCCAGCUGCUGCGUUGCCAGGACAAGAAUCUGCGCACAUUUCUGCAGACUCACAUUGUCACGGACAUCAAGAACAUGAAUGCCAAGCACAAGGAUAUGAAACUCAAUUCGAGUCUGCAAAACUUUAUGUACGGCAUGUUGAAGGAUGCGAAUCCCAAGGCAGCUAAAAUGUCGGCUGACAUUAUGAUAGAGCUAUACAAGAAGAAUAUCUGGAACGAUCCAAAGACGGUGAACGUGAUUGCCAGUGUCGGCUGCUUUUCGCCAAUAACUAAGGUACUGGUCACAUCAUUAAAGUUCUUUCUCGGUCACGACGAUGAGGAUGCAGCUGGUUCCGACACAGAGAGCGAGAAUGAGGUGGAUCUGAAGGGAGCUUUAAUGGCCAAUCGUGUGAACAAGAAAACCAGAAAGGGUCAAAAGCAGCUGCAGAAUAUCAAGAAACAGGCUGUCAAGGCACAAAAGAAAAAGAAGAAUGCACCGGCGUUUAACUUCUCUGGCAUUCAUCUGAUUCACAAUCCUCAAGGCAUGGCCGAGGGACUCUUUAAACAGCUGCAGAGCACAAACGAGAGAUUUGAAGUGAAACUGAUGCAUCUGGAUGUCAUAUCCCGUCUGAUUGGCAUACACGAACUGUUCCUUUUCGGCUACUAUCCAUAUAUAACGCGAUUCCUGCAGCCUCAUCAGCGUCAGGUGACUCGUGUGCUUCAGUUUGCUGCCCAGGCAUCUCAUGAGCUGGUGCCCGGUGACAUCAUCGAGCCCAUCUUGAAGACGAUUGCCAACAACUUUAUCACGGAGCGCAACUCGAGUGAUGUCAUGGCAAUUGGCUUAAAUGCCACACGCGAGAUUUGCAUGCGUUGUCCAUUGGCCAUGGGCGAGGAUCUGCUGCAGGAUCUGGCCAUGUAUAAGACGUACAAGGAGAAGUCUGUGAUGAUGGCUGCACGCUCUUUAAUUACCCUGUAUCGCGAUCAAUUGCCUGCAAUGCUCCACAAAAAGGAUCGUGGACGUCAGACGGAGGCACAGGCGGAGCGGAAGGUGCGUGCCUAUGGAGAGCGCGAUGUUCAGGACACAGUGCUGGGUGCCGAAGCACUGCUCAAGGAUUCCAAGUCUAUUGACAUUGACAGUGAUGACGACGACGACAAUGACUCCAAUGAUGGCGAGUGGGUGGAUGUACAGCAUAGUGACGGAGAGGGAGCAGCCGGAAGUGACGAUGAUGAAGAUGAUGAUGAUGGCAGUGAUGAGGAAGACUCUGAUGAAGGCGUUGAAAGUGAGGGCGAAGAGACGACAGAGGCUGAGAAAAAGGAGAAAGCUGAUCUUAAAAUGCUCAAUCAAAAGGAAGCCGCACAAGAAUUGGCACUCACGCGAAUCUUCACAGACGAGGACUUUAAGCGCAUUAAUGCCGCAAAUCUGAAGAAGACCGUGACAAAUGCCCGCAAGCGUCCAUUGGAACAGGAUCGUGCCGAGUUCGUUAAGCUAAACAAUAUUGAGAUGAUUUACAAGAAGCGAAAGCACGACAAAGAGUCGCGUCUGGAAACGGUGCAAGCUGGUCGUCAGGAUCGUGAACGCUUUGGCUGGAAGGAUGGACGUGUCAACGAGAACUGUUCCAAGACCAACAAGGAGAAGCGCAAGACGAAAAACUUUGGUAUGCUGCGGCACAAGGCGCGCUCCAAGGUGAAGAAGAGUUUCCGGGACAAGCAGAUGGCGAUGCGCAAACAUUUGUUGCACCAAAAGAAAAUGAAGUAAAUCAAUACAAUAAUAAUAAUAAUUGUUGUUCGAAUUGCCGCUGCAAUAAAUUUAUUUCAUUUUUUUAUGUUUAAGACAAGUUGGAUUAUUCUAAUUUAAGAAAUAUUAUGUAUUCGUUGGCCUCCAAAUACAACGCAUCAAUCAA